AUGGACCACGACGAAAACGACGCGGCUGAAAAUGCCGAGCGCCGCAGUCACUUGGUCGACGAAAUGGUCGCCGCUGCCCAUGGCGAAGCCGGAGAGGCCGGCCCCGAGCAAACUAACCUCGCCGGCAUGACAGAGGAGGAUGCUCUCAAGAACUUAACUGGCACGGUCCGCGAUCAGGACGAGCUGGAACGCGACAUCACGCUGCAAGCCAACGCGGCCAUCAUGGAACAGGAGGAUAGAAAGGACAAUGCUCGAAUCGAAAAGCUCGAGGCCUCGCGUCACCGCCUCAAGCUGCAGCUGGACAAGGAAAAGAAGCGCCUUGAGCGAGCUGCCACUAACCCCUACCAGGCCGGCAACAUUCGCAAGGAGGUGGCCAAGAUUGACCAGGAAAUUCUACACAUCAGCAACGAUAUUUCCGACUUUCAGUCACGCAUGAAGAAACGUCACGAGCAGGAUCCUCUCGAAGUCCCGAGCACUGGCAAGUCUGCCAGGCUACCGGGAGAGAGUCACCGCGACUACCUCAUCCGAACUGGAAAGAUUACACCCUUUGCGCGCGUAGGAGGGCCUAGGCCUGCUGGUGUCCAAGGCCAACUUGCAGACGCUAUUCUCGAUGCCGAAGAAGAGGCCGCAGCACAGCAACUCGCCGCUCCGGAAGAGGAGCCCGCGUCGCAUCAGCUGCUGCGUCGGCCCGGUUUCGAAGAGGAAGUACCGACGACAGAAAGCACCACACCAGCUACGAGCAGCGCCGUGGAGUCUGAGUUUUCGCUGCGGCCCCGCAAGAAACAACGCCGCGAGAAGUCGCCCAGUCCUUCCCAAGAUUACGAGCCAGAAGCCUCAUCCGCCUCGGACUCUGGAGACUCGAAAGUGUGGAAGCAAGGCACGGAAGAGGAUCUGAUCCGAGAUGAGCGCCGCAAGAACAAGGCCAAGGCUGCUGUCAAGGCGCAGGAGCAGAUUGACCUUUCCAAGAUUGACGAUGGUGACGAGAAGCUGUACAAACGCCGCCUCAACGACUGGAUAUCGCGACGCAGCCGUGCCCGACGUUCCAGAAGACAAGCUCAAGAAUCUGUAACUGACGGGGCCGAAAGCGACCCAGAUGAAGACGAAUGGACGAAACCGUCCCCUGAUCACCCAGACUGGUCUAUUGACGACAACCUCAAGCUCCCUGGCGAUAUUCACCCCUCAUUGUUCGGCUACCAAAAGACGGGCGUGCAGUGGAUGGCAGAAUUAUACAAUCAGCGCGUGGGCGGCAUCGUGGGUGACGAAAUGGGCCUAGGAAAAACCGUUCAGUUGAUUGCUUUCGUCGCUGCUUUGCACAGCAGCAAGAAGCUGAAACGGCCCGUCAUUGUCGUUGCUCCCGCCACGCUCCUUCGACAAUGGGUGAGCGAAUUCCAUCGAUGGUGGCCUCCGCUGCGUGUGUCCAUUCUGCAUUCUUCGGGCAGUGGUAUGCUGAACCCGGCUGCUGAGGAUGACUAUGAUUUGGACCAUUUCCGCCCCAUGGCUAGCAAGUCUGCGAAUGCGGCACGACGCAUCAUUCGCGGUGUUGUCACCAAGGGUCACGUACUUGUUACGACCUACACGGGUCUUCAGACGUAUGCGGACGAACUGCUCAAGGUUGAGUGGGAGUACGCCGUCUUGGACGAGGGCCACAAGAUUCGAAAUCCGAAUGCUGAAAUCACUGUCACCUGCAAGGAAUUAAACACGCCAAAUCGUGUCAUUCUCUCCGGAACUCCGAUCCAGAACAACUUGACCGAACUCUGGUCGCUAUUCGACUUCAUCUAUCCAAUGCGACUCGGUACCCUCGUCAACUUUAGGGCUCAAUUUGAGAUUCCGAUCCGGCAAGGAGGCUACGCCAAUGCCUCUAACCUCCAGGUCAUGACUGCAGAGAAAUGUGCCGAAGCACUCAAAGAAACCAUCAGCGAAUAUUUGUUGCAGCGGCUCAAGGUUGAUGUCGCCGCAGACUUGCCGGAAAAGACGGAACAAGUUUUGUUUUGCAAGCUGACCGACGGCCAACGCAAGGCGUAUGAAACGUUUCUCAAAUCGGACGAGGUGGCUGCCAUUCUCAAUCGACGGUGGCAGUCGCUCUACGGAAUUGACAUUUUGCGGAAGAUUUGCAACCACCCCGACUUGCUGGACAAAAAGCUGAGUCAAAAAGCCGGCUAUGAGUAUGGUAGCCCAAGGUUGUCGACAAAACUUCAACUGACCAAAGACCUACUACAAAACGUCAUGAUUCCAAAUGGGCACAAGAUGCUGUUAUUCUCCCAGGGAAAGUUGAUGCUUAACAUUAUUGAAAAAUGUAUGAGAGAUUGCGGCAUAUCGUAUUUGCGCAUGGACGGAGAAACGCCGGUUGACCAGCGACAACCCAUGAUUGACCGGUUCAACAACGACCCAGAUGUGCAUGUCUUCCUCAUGACUACACGGACGGGUGGCCUAGGCACCAACCUCACAGGUGCUGAUCGUAUCAUCAUCUUUGACCCAGAUUGGAAUCCGUCAACAGACUUGCAGGCACGAGAGCGAGCUUGGCGGCUUGGUCAAAACAAACCCGUCAAAAUUUACCGACUGAUGACAGAAGGUACAAUUGAGGAAAAGAUUUACCACCGGCAGAUCUUCAAGCAAUUCAUGACGAACAAAGUACUCAAAGAUCCAAAGCAACGCAGCUCGUAUGACUUGUCUGACUUGUAUGAUCUCUUCACGUACAACCAGGGCGGAGACGCGGCUACCCAGCGAAGCGAGGUCUUCAAAGGUGCCGAGGUUAACAUUACAAAUGGCGAGGGUGGUGCAUCGGAUCAAACUGCUGCCCCCGAUGCCGAGCAGCAAGAGUUGAAGCACAUGGACUUGGUCGCGGCAAUGGAAGAGUUCAAAGAAGACAAGGCUGCACAGGAGGAGCGUCGGAUGCUUGGCGGCAUCUUUGCUCGCUCAGUCAACAGCGCGUACGACCACGAGCAAAUUGUCAACGGCCCUUCAAAAGCAAAGGCCGACAUUGCCAUUCUUCGAUACGAGGCAAACCAAGUCGCCAAGCAGGCCGCUGCGCAUCUCCGGCGCUCUGGGCAGGAAGCCCGAAACAUACCCAUCGGCACGGUGACGUGGACGGGCGAAGUUGGGCAGGGCGGUCGGCCUGGCGGCAAUCGUCGCCGCGCGGGCCCCAGCUCGGCUGGUAUUCUGAGCAAUCUGGCUGAUCGGCAGGGCCUGGACGAUGGGGCCGGGAGCGGCAGUUCUCGUUCAGGCACGCCCGGCGCGGACAAGAAUCUCAAGGCCAAGGAUUUCAUGCUAAUGAUUAAGCAAUUCAUUAACCGACACAAUGGAAAGGUGCCCAGCAAGAUGCUCGUGGAUCAUUUCAAUCAGUACUGUCCAGGGAAGAAACAGAGCGAUGAGUUUAAGACGGCGCUGGACACGAUAGCAAUGCUGAGCAAAACAGGUGGUGCUGGCCGUGGCAUGUGGUCUUUGAAGCCUGGAAUUAAAUAA